AUGCAAUUCAUCCGCGAGCAGUCAUACGCAACUCAUCAUCAAACAGUCAAUCUGACCAGGGCUCUCCUCUGCGAGCUGGUUGCCGAGAAGAUUCUUCGUCGGUACAAUGAGCAAAAUCCCGGUCCGCGGGGUCUCCUUAAGUUGGCAAACAUCCUUGUAGCAGGCUUUGAGCCGUUCCAAGGCGCCCCGGAUGACGUUUACCAGCAGAGCAUCCAUGCCAUGCACUGGGCCAAGCGCGACCGAGGCGGGAAAAUCGAGAGGAAGCUGACUGCCCUCGAAGUAGCCAUUAUAAGUGCAAGCAAGAGUUUUCUGGCAAGUAGCGCCUGCCAGAAAGUCGUCGAUGCCAUAUACCGAGGGAAAAUAGUUUACACCCCAAACAGCUUCAUCGAUAUCAUCCCGGACCACUGGAAGAAGCGACCCAUCUCCUUGUACGAUCCGCGAAGGGCGCCAUUGCUCAACCAGUAUCGCUUGAUCGUCCCCCGGAUACGGAAUCUUAUUGAGGUGUGCCAGUUCGCCAUCCUGCUCGGACUGUAUUUGGCGGUUAUGGCUGGCCGCGGAGGUCGAUCGAAUACCGAUUAUACUCUCGUCGAAGCUGUUUUUGAUGUGUAUGCUUCCGGUUGGAUGCUUGAUCAACUUGCUUCCAUCUUGGAGCACGGCUGGGUCGUCUACACGCAAAACCUGUGGUCAUUUCUCGAUGUAAUGUUCUGUUCCCUGUUUUUCGUGUACCUGGUUUUACGGCUGCACGCAUUUCGGAUACAUGAUGAAGAGCAGUCAAUACUUUUGGCGCGGACUGCCCUUGACAUUCUGAGUUGUGCAGCCCCAGUCUUGAUACCACGCCUGGCAUUCAACGUCAUGUCGGAGAACCUGCUGUUUUUGUCACUCCGAGCUAUGAUGGUUGACUUUAUGAACCUCACGGUUCUCGCGGUAUGGUGUUUUGCUGGAUUCCUCUUGAGUUUGAAAUGGCUGGGAGCUCACCAAUCUGUGACAAUUGGCAAGUGGAUGAUCUGGAUCUGGUUCGGUCUCGAUGGCACUGGCAUCGGCGAGUCUCCUGACUUUCACUGGUUUCUUGGACCAGUAUUGAUGGUCAUGUUUGCCUUUUUGGGAAACACCCUCUUCUUGACGAUACUCGUGUCAAUGUUGACAAACACGUUCAGCAGCAUCGUCGGCACCGCUGUCCAGGAAAUACAAUUCCGACGAGCAGUCCUUACCUUCGAAGGUGUAAAGUCUGACGCCAUCUUCGCGUAUCUACCACCAUUCAACAUACUCGCCCUCAUCAUCAUGUUGCCGUUGAAAUGGACUAUGUCUCCACGGAUGUUUCACAAGGUCAAUGUUGCUGCGGUUAGGACUCUCAACUUGCCUGUUUUGUUGCUGAUCUCUCUGUACGAACGAAGGACCUUGUGGGUGACAGACAAGAAAUUCAAACAUAAAAAAAUUGACUGGAAAAAUGCCAAUGGUCCGAAAGCAACAGCUGGACAAUAUUGGGCCAUUUCAAGAUUUACCGUGCACGGAGAUAUACAUGCGGUGUUUGACAUUGAUUGCCCCGAAUCUGUUCUGGAGAGAAUUGCAGAAGAAGAUGAUCUGCAAGGUCCUGAUGGCAUCAGCAAAGCCCUCGACAACACGAUAAGCAAGGGACCUCGACCAGCACCAGCCUCGCGAGGGCAAAGUAAGACGUUUGAUACCAACCAAGCAAGAUCUGUAAGCCCAAAAACAACAAGGCCGAGGCGUCGACAAGAUUCACAAGAUACGGAGCACAUCAAGGAGGAAUUUGCAGAUUCCAGUGAGGCUGAUGACGAGGCGGAUCAUCCACCAGGAUAUCGGAAGCUCAAGAGAGGCGCAAGGAUGGACUCGAUAGUAGAUUUCAGUGAGGACGGGGAUACCGCUACUCGCCUUCUGGAAGCAAACGCAAGGCUGCAUAAUAUGGAAGAGUCAAUGGCAAGGAUGGAAAGCAUGAUUGCCCAACUCUUGAGCGUGGAUGCUGGCGACGCGAGUUCGGAGAAUAGCGAAGGAAAGGAGGAGUUGGCUCAGGAAUUGCGAAAUGAUUCGCUCAAGUGA